AUGAGUAGUUUUGGCAUAAAUAUGGGCUUCAUUACCACCGGAGAUCUCCAAGAAGCUUUACUGGAUAUCGGAUAUGAAGUCAGUGCGGAUGAUCUUGAUCUUCUAACAAGAGGUAAUGGAACAAGUUUGUUAAUUUUUUGUUCAGAGGUGUUAAAUAACAUUGGCAAUGAGGAGAAUAUCUUCGAUAAUGGUUUGGUUGAUCUCACAGAAGAAGAUGCGCCUUUUUGCAAAGAUCUCAACGAUACUUUGAUGGAAAAUUCGGUCGUUUAUGAACAGACGAAGGUGGGAUAAUGUAUUCUAGUCUUAAUUUUAGUUAGCCAGAGUAUUUAAACGAAGCAGAGAAGAUUAUCAAAGAAUCGUAUGAAUGCGUGAAGAGAUGUUAUUCACACAUGUUGGAGAUCACAGAAGUAAGUUCUGUUCAGUGAUGAAAUAAAAAAAUAUAUGGAAAACAAAAAAACACGAAAAAGUUCUUUCCAAAUAUUUCUGCGAACCUGUUUCUUCACUUGUUCGAGAUUCAUGUUAUCUAAUCUAGGGAGGUUCUCAUGUAAAUGAUCGGUUUGUGGAUUUACACAAAAAAAUUUCUGAUAUGAGGUCUCUGUUGAGGGAGCGAAGUGCCGUUGAUGAGCAGGAAUCUUGCCAUGAAGUAGAUGGACAUAGUCCUAAAGAGAUAUCGGAAAAUCCGAUCAACAAAUACACCGAACGAAUGAUGAUAAAUCGAUUCUUGAAGGAUAACUGUAAGUCUUGAGAUUAGUGGCUUUAUUGUUUAGGUCUUCGCCCUGUGAUUUGUCCGGAGCCUGGCCGACUUCCAUUUAGACAAGAUAGGAUAAGAACCUUGGAUAAUUACAAAAGAGAAUGGGCGCAACGCCCUCCCCCUGGCGAGAAUAAACGACUGGCGUUACGGUGGAAGAUCAGAGAGGCCUUGAUAAAAAGAGAUAUUCCUGUAAUCAAAUUGACUGACACAACUGACCACGCUUAUAUGCCGGAAAAACCACAAUGGCAGUGA